AUGGCUCCCACUCAGUCCUCGAAGAAAGGCGCGAAGACCAAGGUCACUAGCAAGUAUACCAUCAACUGCACGCAGCCCGUGUCCGACAAGAUCUUCGACAUCAGCGCGUUCGAAAAGUUCCUGCACGACCGCAUCAAGGUCGAGGGCCGCACCGGCAACUUGGGCGAUGAUGUCGAGAUCAAGCAGGUCGGCGAUGGCAAGAUUGAGGUUGUCACGCAUAUUCCAUUUUCGGGACGGUAUUUGAAGUACUUGACCAAGAAGUUCCUCAAGAAGCAGCAGCUCCGCGACUGGCUGCGCGUGGUCAGCACGAGCAAGGGUGUCUACGAGCUGCGGUUCUUCAACGUCGUGAACGAGGAGGGUGAUGAGGAUGACGAGUAG